AUGUUUAAUCUAAAUCUAAGUGCAACAUUAAAUGUUUCAAGGUUGCUUUAUAAUCCAAGUUUAUGUCUACCUCACAUUACUGUGAAAUCAUUUGAUCAACUUGUAUUACCAUUUACAAUACCAACAGCACCAAACGUAACCAUUAAAGGAAUAGUAUUAGACAAAGACAAUUGUUUUGCAAAAGAUCAUGAUGACAAAGUCUGGCCAGAAUAUGAACAAACAUGGAAAAGAUUAAAAGAAAUAUAUUCCAAAGAUCAUUUAUUAAUAGUUAGUAACUCUGCUGGAACUGAUGAUGAUAUAAAUCAUAUCCAAGCGAAAACAUUAGAAUCAAACACAGGGAUAAAUGUUCUUCGUCAUUCAAUUAAAAAACCAGGUUGUUUAAAUGAAAUAAUUCAAUAUUUUGCUAAAUUAAACAUUAAACCAAAUGAAAUUAUAGUUAUUGGUGAUAGAUUAUUCACUGAUAUGGUUAUGGCUAAUAUGAUGGGAUCUUGGGGUUGUUGGAUAAGUCAAGGAGUAGAAUUAAGUUUGAAAAUUUUACCUAAAUUAGAAAGAGAUUUGUAUAAUAGAUUAGUUGUUAAUCGUCCUGAUAAUCCAUAUUACCCACCAACUCCUAAUUAA